AUGUCAGAUCACGAGACUAAUACUGCUACCGACAAUGGGUCAGCGGUGAAAUCUCACGAAGAUUUCAUUGAAGACACGGCAGAAACUCAGGCCCAGGACAGCGAAAACGGCGGAGGCAGCGUUGUGGAUUCGUCAGAGGAAGAUGAAGAUGAAGAAGAGGACGAAGAAGCUAUCCGUCAAGUCAGAGAUGGAUUUAUCGUCGACGAUGCGGAAGGAAGCGAAGGAGACGAAGAUAUAGAUGACGACGAGCGCAAGAGACGUAGAAAGCAUAAGAAGAGAAAGAGAGAAGCCAUCAGAAAACUUGAAGAGGACGAUGAGCUUGACGAAGACGAUCUCGAGCUUUUGAGAGAAAACGCAGGAGAGCUUCCUCCUCAUCUUGCCGAGAAGAGUAAGUUCAAACGUCUUAAGCGUGGAGGAAACGAUAGUGAGUCGGCGGGACCGACCUCCAAAGGUCUGACUGAUAUGUUCUCCGACGAGGAAGGAGAAGAUGAAGAAGGUGGCGAAGGUGAGGGAGAAGAAGAGGACGAUCUGAUGGAGGCCUCGAAGAGCUUAAGACAACAACGACAACAGGACAUGCUCGGAGAAUUCGACGAUUUCAUCGAAGACGACGAGUUUUCUGAGGACGAUGAAGACAGAGAUGAGAGAUUGGCUCGUAUGAGAUCCGCUCGGGCUAAACAGGCCACAUUUGCUUCAAAUUCACAAUUUGAUCAAGACAAGCUUGACGAGCUUUACGAAAUCUUUGGUGAUGGAGAAGAGUACGCUUGGGCCUUGGAAGCAGAAAGUCUUGAUGAGGAACCGGAGAUGGAGGACGAAGUCGAUGAAGAGGCCGAUUCUGCUAGAAAACCAUCAAAGGAAACACAGGUCCUGAAUAAAGUUUUCGAAUUUGAGGAAUUGAAAGAGCAUUUGUUGACCGAUAGAGAUCAAGAAAUUAGAGUCACAGAUAUUCCUGAAAGAUUCCAAGCUUUUAGAGAAAGAAUCUCUAACUACGACCUUUCCGAUGAGGACUUCAAACAGAAGCAAGACUGGGUUUCGAAAGCAUUAGUCGAAGAAAAGAAAACAUUCUUUCAAGGAAAAGAAGACUUGAUUGAACCAUUCACCAAGGCUGUUGCCCAGAUUGUUUAUUUUGUUUCCAAGGAGAAUCUCGAGGUUCCAAGUAUUUGGAAUAACAAAAAGGAUUACACUCUUCACACAUACCGCGAGGAUGGCCAAUUAAGAGUUCAAAAAUUGCUCAGCGAAAACGAUUUAUGGAGAAUUGUUCAGCUCGAUAUCGACUUUUACGCUGUCUUGGAAAAGAAGAUCAACAUCGAAAAACAGUACAAGGCUUUGGAUAUUGUCGACACGCUUUAUGACGAAUAUAUCGAGUCAGCAAAGACAGUUGUGGAAUUACAGGAUUUGCAAGAUUAUCUCACCUUCACCUAUAGUUCCAGACAGCGCGAACUACAUCCAGACGAUCACAAGGGUAAACAAAAGUCACACUCCAAAUUUACCUUCUUUGAGAGAAUCAAGAGUGACCCAGUUUACCGUGUCAUUGAGAAGAUCGGUAUUGAUGCUGAAAAAUUCGGAGAGAAUGUUUUCACUAAUAACAAAAUCUAUCUCGUUGAUGAUGUGGAUCAAAAGGUUGAGGAUUUGAUUCAGGACUGUGUGAAUGAUCACUCUAUCUUUGACUCUGUCGAGAAGGCUUCUACCGCCGUGAAGCACAUGUUUUCAGAACAGUUGUUCAAUAAUCCUAAGCUCAAAGCGCAUUUGAGACUUGCAUUCCAAAGCUUCGCCAGUGUUGACAUUGAACUGACCGAGAAGGGUAAAUUCAAAAUCACGGAUAGCUCGCCAUAUGCCGAUUUCAAGUAUGCUAUCAACAGACCUUUGGAAUCUUUCACCCUGCAACCAGAUCUGUUUUUGCGGAUGUUGGAAGCUGAAUCCUUGGGUUUGGUGAGAGUGAAGGUUGCUUUGAAGAACGCUUUUGCCAGCUUCACGGACCAUCUCUUUACUUUCAUCUCGUCGGAUGGUACUUCUGAUCUCAGUAAUUCUUGGAAUUCUCUGAGAAAGGAUUGUUUGGAUUUGGCGUUGAAGAAAUUGAUUCCAACUGUUGUGCUCGAUGUGAAAGAGAAGUACAGAAGUAUCUGUGAGAGACUGCUGUUCUUUGAGAUUAGGGAACACUUCAUGGAUAAAGUUGACCAAGCUCCUUAUCACCCACUGCCUACAGCAAAAGGUACUGUUCCUAAGGUGCUAGCAAUUUCAAAUGGUGAUGGUAAGCGUGACUCUGCGGUCAUCGCUGUUGCCUUGGACUACGACGGUUCCGUUUCGGAUCACAUCAAGUUCGAGCAGAAUUAUAGACAUGGUGAUUUUGAGAAACAAUUGUUGGAAGUGAUCAAUAAGUUCAAGCCUGAAGUCAUUGCCGUUUCAAGUUACAAUGUCGAAAUUUCUCACUUAUUCAGAAAGAUCCAAGACAUCAUCAGAUUGAACAACCUCACUACUGAAAUUGAUGUUGACGAGGAGUAUGAAGGCGAUCCAAUUCCACUGCAAGUCCUUUACGUUCCUAAUGAGACAAGUAGGCUUUACGAACAUUCCGAUAGAGCCCUUGAAGAGUUUAGUGACAAACCGCAAGUUGCGCGGUUCUGUAUUGGGAUUGCAAGAUAUGUCCAGAGUCCAUUGCUCGAAUACAUGACUUUGGGAGAUGCGGUUACUUCGAUUUCUAUCCACAAGCACCAGAACUUGCUCAGUAACGACAAAGUUAAAGAAGCCGUCGACUCCAUUUUUGUGGAUGUGGCAUGCUUGGUCGGUAUUAAGAUCAAUGAUGCCGUGAGAUCACCAUAUCUUGCAACUAUGCUACAAUACAUUUCUGGAUUAGGUCCAAGAAAGGCAAACAGCUUGAUCAAAGGAAUUGAGGCUAAUGGUGGCUCGUUGCUCAGACGAGACGAACUCAUUGUUAGAGAGCUUUUGACCAAGGUUGUUUUUGUCAACUGUGCUCCAUUCAUUGAGCUUCCUGUGCCUGACAGACCAGAUAAGGACAUUGAAUUGCUUGACGCCACCAGAAUCCAUCCCGAGGAUUACGAACUAGCAAGAAAAAUGGCCAGUGAUGCCUUGGACCUUAGCGAGGAAGAGAAACAGGAAGUUGAGCAAGAAGAAGGAGGUGUCAUUUCUAAGCUUUACGAUGAAGGUGUCGAGAAGCUGGAUGACUUGCUUCUUGAAGGCUAUGCCGAUCAGUUGGAGGAGCAUGGCCAUCGUAAGAGAGCUACAUUGGAGAUGAUUAAAGAGGAGUUACAGAACAACUAUGAAGAGUUGAGAAAGUCUUUCCACAUUCUGAACGAAGAUGAGGUGUUUGAGCUCUUGACGGGCGAGACAAAGGAUACUUUCCAAAGAGGACAGCUUGUUACUGUUAUUUUGCAAAGAGUUGAUAACAGAUUCAUGUUGGGUGUUACUCAAUCUGGUAUUUCGUGCAAUAUCAGUCGGUCCAAUAUUUUGGAAUAUGGAGACAACACUAAUCUAUUGACGAAAUACCAGACCGGACAAGCUGUUCAGGCAGUUAUCCAGAACGUGGAUUACGGAAGCUUCAAAGCCGAGUUGUCUUUGUUGAAAGGUGACAUCGAGCAAGCUUCUCACGGAAAGGUCGUUGACAAGUUCCAGGGAUUGUGGGACUUUGAUGCCGAAAAUCAAGAUGCCAAUAAGGAGCAAGAGCGUGAGAAGAAAGAAAACAGCAUGAAGCGUGUGCUGAAGCAUCCAUACUUCCACAACUUCACGAGCAAGCAAGCCGAAGAUUAUCUAGCUUCCAAGAGCAACGGAGAAUUCGUGAUUCGUCCAUCGUCUAAGGGAAAUGAUCACUUGACUGUCACAUGGAAGAUCGAGAAUCAAUUGUUCCAACACUUGGAUGUUCUUGAACUUGACAAAUUGAAUGAAUACACAGUUGGAAGAACUCUUCAAGUCGGGGAAUUCCGUUACCAUGAUCUUGACGAGUUGAUUGUGUCCCACAUCAACAAUUUGCACUUGAAGGUGCAAGAGAUCACCAACCAUGAUAAAUUCAAAAACGAACCUUUGAACGAUACAAAGGAAUGGCUUAUUCGUUAUUCGAAGGCCAACAAGAAUCGGUCCUGCUAUUGUUUCUGCUACAACCACAAGUCUCCAGGUUGGUUCUAUCUUCUUUUCAAACUGAACGAGAAGAACGACAAGAUCUACACCUGGAACAUUAAGGUACAACCUAAUGGCUACCAAUUGCACGGGAAUCUUUAUCCUGACAUGGUUCAUUUGUGCAAUGGUUUCAAGAAGUUGCUACAGAACCAAAUGAGUAACUCAAGAAGCGGCUACACGAGCUAUGGAAGAUUCUGA